GAAAUGCAUAUUAGAGGGGAAAAUAUAUCACUGUUUUACGAAUUAAAAGGACAGUAAAAUAAUUUGACAAAUGAUACAUUUUUGAGGAAUCUGUUUUAAAUAUAUUUGGGUGGUAUUAAAAUUAAAGAAAUAAAAGGGAUAGGAAAAAUAAAACAAGAAUUUGUAUUAAAUUAACAAUAUAUAGCAUAGAUAGAUUGAUAGAUAUGUCAAUUAUUGAAUAAAUCUUAUUUUGUUGUAUGUAUUGGCGCACUAAUUUAUAUGUCUUGGUACUUUUUGGCCCAUUUAUUAUUUUAUUACAUAAUUUAUUUCUGUAUGUUUUCUUAAUUACGGCAGGAUUGGUCCUGCAUAUAAACAGUGCUUUGGCCUUGUUGGCUAAAGAGGGUUGCUAUGGUUUUUUUUUUUUCUGGCUGUACUUCUAUGUUAACAGAUUGCAAAUCUUCCAGCAGCUGAGCUGGAGGAGGGGAGGAGCAGAAUGUCUCUGUGUUGCUGCCGGAAGAAGUGACAAUUUUGAAUAAUUCAUUUUUUAAAAUAUUGGUUAUAGCAAUAUUUUUGAUUAUUUUCACAAACCUCUAUGAAAGUCAAUUGGCUUAAAAAAGGUCAACUAAGUUGGUGCAUGUUUAGUGUUGUGUUGGAGUUUUGGUGAAGAUUUUGUUAAGCUGAGCAAAAGUGUGUGUAAGUCGAUUCUGUUUUAGUCUGACACAUUUAGCCGGUGGCAAGUUUUCAGAUUGUCCAAUGCUGCAAUGUUGCUGAGCUACACUGGGAAUGUGAGAGAUGGACUCUUGGAUCACCUAAAGGGCUCUAGAUGAAGUCCUUUAGUCGAUGUUGGAACUUCUGUGGAUAAUCGACUAGUUUUAAAAACUGCUGAUUAAAAACAAAAUGUCGUUGAAAACCAUGCAGAAUUUCAGGACUGGACUUAUAAUGGAACAAAGCGUCUCACUCCAGAAAUCUCUUCUGUUGAGUCUUUUUUUGGUUACGCAGGGAAAAGUACUUGGUGGCAAUUUUAGAUUUUUUUUUCCCCCCCACUAUAAUGAUGCCCAGAAUAUGUGCCUGAAUCUAGUGCCAUGGAUAUGAAAUAUGAUUUCAUGUGGCUAACUUAACAUUUUUAUUUUUUAGCCGUUUGUGUUAGAGAUGGCUUUUUUUUUGGGCAUCGAAAAAAUGUUCUUUUAAUUGCUUUUUUUUUUUUUUUUUUUUUAGCCUUUAUGAUCAACUAAAUGUCGGGAUAUUAUACUAGUGAGGCUCUGGAGGCAGUAAUGCUGUUCUGUACCCCUUUGUCUACAGGUGCUGUUAUUUGUUCUUCAGCAUGGCAGUCGUCAUCCGUUUACAGGGGCUGAGAGUCACAGCAGGCUCUGAGGAUGUUCGCAAGUUCUUCACGGGCCUCAGAAUUCCAGACGGAGGUGUACAUAUAAUCGGUGGGGACCUAGAUGAAGCUUUCAUUAUCUUUGCUUCAGAUGAAGACGCAAGAAGAGCCAUGGCACGGUCAGGGGGGUUAAUUAAUGGGUCGCCUGUAAGAUUGCUGCUUAGCAGCAAACAAGAGAUGCAGCAUGUACUUGAAAGAACAACACAAAAGGUGGAGCUGGAGGAGACUAGGCACCCUGAGGGUAAUGGAAGAACUGCUCGAAGAUCCAUUGACCCAGAUGUGGGCAGAAGAUCAAGUAGUCGAUCGGCUUAUAGCCCUCCAACCCAUCGCCAACAGCCAUCAAUCACCGAUGACCCUUUUCUUGUGUUCCUGAAUGGACUGCCUUUCUCUGUGACUGAGGGGGAAGUACGUGAAUUUUUCCAUGGUUUACUCAUUGAUGAAAUUGUCUUGUGUAAAAGAGAAACGGGACAAAACAAUGGAAAAGGCUUUGCCAAAUUUUCAUCAAGGGAGGAUACCUUGGAAGCCUUAAAGAGGGAUGGGAAAUACAUUGGGCCAAGGUAUAUCGACGUUCGUGCAACAACAGCCGAUAAUUGGCUACGAGCCAUUGGUAGAAUGCCAGCGGUGGUCAACACAGUGGAGAACCUUGACAGGGGAAGAGCACCUGUUCGCACUCAGAGAAUCCCCCAGUAUCAAGUUAGGUCUCGAUCACCCGUGGCCAUGAAGCCUAUUGCUCCAUGUGAUGAAGAGUACUGUGUGCUGUUGGACAAUCUGUCCUUUGCAGUGGAAAAAGAAGACUUGAAGCGCCUUUUUCAAAAUGCAAAGCUUGAGAAUGACCAGAUUCUGUUUCUAACUGAUGGCGAUGGCAGAAGAACCAGGUCGGCCUUUGUGCUCUUUAAGAGCAUCCGUGACUAUUGUGAUGCUUUAAGUCAGGAGAAAAUGCAUUUUCUCAACCGAUGGAUUCAUAUCCGGCCCAUCUCAAGAGAGAACAUGCUCAGGCUUCUUGAGUCUCAGAAUGAGCCUGCUGAAUCUCCUGGAAACUCUCAAAGGUAUCAGGAAAGGCCUCCAUCGUACCCAAAGGAUCCAUAUGACUCUGAGAAAGUCUGUGUGUUUGUAAGGAACCUCCCAUUUGAUGUGAGAAAGGUUGAGAUAGUUGACUUUUUUUAUGGAUUUCAUGUCACAGAGGACAGGGUAUGGGUUCUGUGUGACCAUAAAGGUAACGGGGUUGGACAGGCUUUGGUUCUCUUUAAGUCUGAGGCAGAGGCCAUGGAGGCACUUUCUCUUAAUGGACGGCGGUUUCUGGGGUCUGAAGUUGGAGUGAAGUGCAUUACACGAGCUCAGAUGGAUCAGCUGGCUGCCGAGCCACCGGCAAAGCAAGAGGUCUUGCCAAAAGAGGGACACUACUCGGGCAGGAACAGUGAGCCUUUCUAUGGACCUGGUGGUGACACUUCGUACCCUGAUGUAAGGAAACCCAAGGAUGGUAAUUUACCUAUUAAAGAGGAGCACAUCUAUGGAGGUUAUGACUAUGAAUCUCGUGGGGUAAGACCUCGUUCUCCGCAGGACAGGGGCAGUGGAGGACAUGGGAGGGUAGGUCCACCUGCUCAGCGUUAUGAUGGUCCCACCUGUGUACAAUUGGUUAACUUACCAUUCCAAAUUAGAAGUGAGGAAGUCUAUGAUUUUUGUUAUGGAUAUCGAAUCAUACCUGGAUCUGUCUCUCUCCAGUAUGAGCCCAGCGGAAAACCUAAAGGCUCUGCCACUUUGGUGUUUGAGUCUCGUCAGGAGGCUUUAACUGCAAUUCAGGAACUGAAUGGAAGGCCGAUUGGACCAAGAAAAGUACAGCUCUUACUUGUCUGAAAUAUAUAUUCUAAGUUACAGGCGCAACUUAGCUUAGGUUUUCAGUUUUUCCGGGCAGCUGGUAAUGCGGCAUAGCUCUAGUAACUUAAUGUGAUUUGUGUAAAAAAAAAAAAAGAUUUCUUAAGUACAUUUUUAUGUUCCUGAGGAAGUAUUCAUUGAAAAUAUAUUUGCAAUGUUUGUUUUUUGUUUUUACUGAAGUAUUUUGAUUGGUUUUGAAACACAAUUUGGAAAUAUGUACAUUGAAACAAAGCAACAUGUCAUUGUUUUGAAAAUUAAAAUCAAAUGAUCAGUC